UUUAGGUGAACAAUCACACGCCACAAAUGAUGAAUAAUAACUAGUGAAUAAUAAAAGUGAACAGUUUGCAGACAUUCCAUAGGCUGAAAAUUGUUCAAUCAAACUAUUUGGUAAAUACUUAAAAAUAUCAAAUGCAUGAGUGGAAAGUAGGAUGAAUUCACAAACAUUCAAUGAACAGGAAGAAAAGACCUAAUUUCACACUGGAUAUUAUUCAGAAUUAAUUUGACCAACUUUAGUAAUAACAUGGGCACAAUUGAUCCAUUCACACCAUUACGUGACAGGUGAAGGUCUCUGUAUUCCAUUGCUAGUCCCCUGACACUGCAUGUUUGUAUGAUGUUUGUUUUACUUUUUCACUGGUCCUCCUUUUUUUGUAUAAUGGUCCUUUCCGAAUCUUUCAGUUGUGUUUUGUACUCACAUGAAUGUUGUGUAUGACUCACUGGCAGUCCUGAAAAAUACUGGUAAAUAUGUACAUGUCGAGGCGAUCACAGCUGGAGGAGGUUAAGGUUAAUACUAGGUUAGCCAUAGUCAGUUGUUGAGAUUGUAAGCAGAAGAAAGGUGAUUUUCUGCAUUACGAAGGCAGGAGAUCUGCUCUGGACUGUACUUGUGGAACAGAGCUUUGGUUUCUGAUACAGGCAGUCUGCCCCACAACAAGAAAUGGGUUUUAAGGCUGAAGUUGGAAAACUUAGUGGACGUGAAGUGGAAUAUUGUUUGAAACAUACCAGGCAGCCUAGGGAUAGCAACUGUUUGUACGUGUGUUUCGUCUAUUUUUAAUAGCUAGAAGAGCUGUCACUGGGACAAAAACAACAUGAGAUUUGCUAUCCUUGCAGUGUUUCCAUCAUCCAGGAGCUGAAAUAACAUAUAUGCUGAUCUUUUCAUAUGUCUCUGUGUUGAAGAAAAAGAAGAAAUGAAAAUUUAACCCCAAGUAAAUAGUAGUAUUUGGAAGAGAAAAUUGAAAUAUUAAAUCCCAGAUAUCCAUCUGCCAUUUUAUAUUCUUUUUCUGGGCAAACAGACAUCAUUCAGUUAUGUGGGCAGUUCCUGAAAAUAUAUUGGAAUACACUUCAGCCUUAUAAAGGCAAAGAAUAAAAGGAAAGACAGCUCCCUACUUUACCUGGUGUGGGAUGCUCACACUAGAAUGUGUCUAAUGAGGGUCUGACUUUUGAUGUGGUUCACUUGACAGACAGUUCUUGCAGGCAGUUUGUGGUAAUAUGGAGCUAAGGGAGUAGUUAUUUCAAACUGUACAAUACAUCUAUGAAUGGAUAGAUUAAAGAUUUAGCUAGCCUUAGGCACAGCAUGAAAUUACAUCCUCCUCCUCUUCCUCCACCUUUUCGAGAGAAAUAGACAUGGUCUGUUUGUGAGACCUGCUUUGGAGCAUUUAUUUUUAAAGGAUGCAAAAUGUUACAUUUUGGACAUAUCAACGUUGAUUAUCACCAUUUACCUUAACUCUUGGUCUUACUGUACUUAUUGAAGAUCCACAGCCCAAUAGUUGUCAUAUAUAACAUUUGCAAUACCUUAAAUCUGUAUAUUUCUGCUGUAAUAUUAUAAAUGACUGUAUCUUGGAGGUUUCAGAGUAUACCAUAAUAUCAAUGGAGAGCUCUGCUUUCAGAGGCCUGGUCUAUGAGUUUGUUGGAUUUAGCAGCGUUAAAUCCAAAUUAACCUGCACCCAUCCACACAACAAAGCCAUUUUUUUGACAUAAAGGGCUCUUAAAACUGAUUUCUGUACUCCUCCCCAACAAGAGGAUUAGCGCUGAAAUCGACAUCGCCUUUUCGAAUUAGGGUUAGUGGGGAUGCAAUUCAAAGGUAUUGGCCUCCGGGAACUAUCCCACAGUGCACCAUUGUGACCGCUCUGGACAGCACUCUGAACUCGGAUGCACUGGCCAGGUGUACAGGAAAAGCCCCGGGAACUUUUGAAUCACAUUUCCUGUUUGGCCAGGCGAGCUCAUCAGCACAGGUGACCAUGCAGUCCCAGAAUCGAAAAAGAGCUCCAGCAUGGACCGAACAGGAGGUACUGGAUCUGAUCGCUGUAUUAGGAGAGGAAUCCAUGCUAUCAGAACUACAUUCCAAAAGAUGAAAUGCCAAAACAUUUCAAAAAAUCUCAGAGGCCAUGAGGGACAGAGGCUACAUCAGGGAGGCAACACAGUGCCGCAUGAAACUUCAGGAGCUCAGACAAGCGUACCAGAAAACCAAAGAAUCAAACGGAUGCUCCGGGACAGAGCCCCAGACAUGCCGCUUCUAUGCUGAGCUGCAUGCAAAUCUAGGGGGGGGUCGCCACCACUACCCCACCCCUGUCUGUGGACUCCAAUGAUGGGGUACUCUCCACCAUGGCUGAGGAUUUUGCAUUUGGGGAAGAUGAGGAGGAGGACGAGUUUGGGGAGAGCACACAGCACACCAUUCUCCCCAACAGCCAGGAUCUUCUUAUCACCCUGACUGAAAUACCCUCCCAACCCAGCGAAACCAGAGAAGGGACCUCUGCAGCUGCAAAUGUUUCAAGCCUCCCUCCUCCAUCCCAAAGGCUAUCUCAGAUAAGGUGGCGAAAAAAAAGUAUGCGCGAUGAAAUGUUCUCUGAGCUCAUGCAGUCGUCCAGCACUGACAGAGCUCAGCAGAAUGUGCGGAGGGACACAAUAGCAGAGUACAGGAAAGUGGCCAAUGAACAUGAGGAGAGGUGGCAGCAGGAAGAUCAGAGGAGGCUUGAGGCAACACUGGGGCUAAUGCGGGAUCAAACGGACAUGCUCCAGCGUCUGGUGGAGGUUCAUGAAUGGCAGCAGGAUCACAGACUGCCACUGCAGCCCCUGUUUAACCACCCUCCCUCCUCCCCAAGUUCCAUCGCCUCCUCACCCAGAUGCCCAAGAAUGCGGGGUGGGAGGCUCUGGGCACCCAGCCACUCCACCCCAGUGGACAGCCCAAGCAACAAAAGGCUGGCUUUCAACAAGUUUUAAAGUGGCCUUUUCCUUCCCUCCUACCCUCUUCCCACACCCAACCCGGGCUACCUUGUGAGUUA